AAAUCUGCAUUUUUUGGUCAUACAACUGUUCUGCAAUUGCUGUUCUGAAAGCAGCAGGAAAGACUGAAGAGCAAAGCAGGAGAGCAGAAAACAUUCUAUUUUUAGGGGAAGAUUGGCUUAUCUCAUAUUCAUUCUAGCCAGGGGGAUAAUGUUUCCAGAGACCUCACACAAGUAAGGGCCGCGUGAAGACUGAGUUAAUUUUAACUGCCUGGCAGUCCACAGGCAUGGAGCCUUCACAGGAGCCUCAGGAGCUGGGACCUCAGACAGAAACGAUUGCAGACACAGUUCUUGAGGUUGGAGAGAGACUGUUUCAGGUCAGCCGCAGGGCGCUUUCCAUGCACAGUCGUUACUUUGAAGCCAUGUUUUUUGGAGGGGCAAGAGAGAGCUCUGAGCAGCACAUAGUGAUCCAAGGGAUCGAUGCAGUGCCUUUUCAGGCUCUACUCGAGUUCACUCGCACAGCCCAAGUGCUUAUAGGUCAAGAAAAUGUGACCAGUUUACUGGAAACGGCUGAUUUUUUCCAGUUUGACAGGGUGAGACUGUUGUGUGAGAAAUUUCUGGAGAGAGAGCUGCACGUUUCCAACUGCCUGGGCCUGAUGACCUACUCGCAGCAAUUUGCCUUCACAGAGCUGUAUGAGUCUGCUGUGAACGUGGCUGUCACUCACUGGGGGGAUGUGAUGUGCCAGGAGGAAUUUAAGGCACUACCCAAAGAAAUGCUGAUGCAGCUCCUAAAAAGUGACGACCUCUUCGUUUCGCGAGAAGACGUGGUUUUUGACAGUAUUAUGAGGUGGAUAAUGGAGGACCCAGCAACGAGAGAGGAAGAAUUUCUGGAUUUGGUGGGUGAAGUCAGGGUUGCUUUUCUGAGUUUGUCCUUCCUCGAUCUCUUGGUGAAACGCAGCAAGCACCGUGGAGAGGCAGAUGUCUUUUCCAGACUAAUAAAGAAGUUAGACUGCUGUCCUCCACCCAGCUGGCAAAAUCCCAAACUGUGUCCUUAUGCUGGUCGGAGCUAUGACACCUUAUACGUCCUGGGAGGAAAGCAUGACAAGGAACAGCAAGAAUUAUUUCUCUUUCUACCUAAAACAGGGACCUGGCAGGCUUGUUCUCCUCUGCAGCGCCGGAACCUCACCCAGUACGCAGUGGCAGCAGUAGGGAGCUUCCUUUUUGUGACAGGAGGAUAUUUCCGGGAUGAGUUUGUGUGGUACAGUGUGGAUUGGGUGCUCAUCUACAACUGCUUGGACAACAGCUGGCUGGAAGGGCCAGCCAUGAAGAAGUCCCGGAACAGCCACUGUGCAGUGGGAGCAGGGCUCUACCUGUACGUGCUCGGAGGGAGCACCGAGGAAGGGAUAACCCCCACAGUGGAGCGCAUGGCUUUGGUGGAAUCAGAGUGGGAAAGCAUGAGCCCUAUGGCUCAGCCUGUGGAGAGGGGUGAUGCAGUCAGUGUGGGAACCAGGAUCUAUGUGGUCUGUGGCCUGGAUGAGAAUGGACAUGUGUAUGAUGGAGUGCAAAGGCUGAACACGGAGACAGACAACUGGGAUGUCAUCUCGUUCUCCCCGCUUCCAAGGUAUGACCUCUGCAUCACAUCCCUGAAUGGGGCUCUGUACACCAUAGGAGGGGGAGCUUUUCGAUUUGAUGUGGAGACCGAUGAAUGGACCCAGGUGAACGAGGAGUGCUUGACUCAGAAGUUCUUCAUGGGAUGCAGCACUGUGAACGGACGAAUUUAUCUCCUUGGACAGAGGAAGGGGAACAGUGCCCUCCCCACUGUAGUCCUCUUUGAUCCCUACACUGAUGUGUGCCAGGUCAUAGAUAACAAACUCCCUUGCCCCCUUCCUAUUCACGGCUGUGUCUCUGUGCGAAGAUUCGAUACGUGGGUGUGAGCGGUGCCAGAUCCACCACAAACAAAAAGUCACCUGCUUUACAGCUGAAGGGAGUUAGACUGCAUCAAGUUUGGCCUGUGAAAUUUUUUAAUUUUGAAAAUAUAUUUGUUCUUUUGUAACUUUAUCUUUUUUUUUUUUCUACAAAUGAACUCGAAGGAAAAGCCGGUGAAAAACUUCGUGUCUGCACAAAGGCUGAAAGUCAUUAUUGAAAAUGGUACAUAACCUCCUCAGGGUUGUUGCUAAAUAAAGGGCUGCUCUGACCUUGAA